UUCGUCCCCAGAUACUACGACUUCGUCGACGGAUACCACGACUUCGUCGACGGAAGCCACAACUAGCAGCGGGGGAUUCCAAUGUCCUGAACCUGAUGGAUAUUUCCCUGACCCUGAAUCAUGUGAACACUUCUACCUAUGCACGGAUGGAAUACCCACUCUAUAUGAAUGCCAAGAAGGUACUUGGUGGAAUCCUAAUGAGAAUAGUUGUGCUCCCCCUGGUGACUUUUGCAUACCUCCCGGAAAACAUCCAAUGUUUAUGGAGAAGGAAAAGACUGACAAGAGCAAAAUGACGGGGAGGUUGCCACUGAAACUCACGCAGGAGAUCUUUCAUAAAACGUACGAGAUGAAGCAGGGACAAGCUCUGGGAUUAUUGGACCAGCCUCUGAGCCCAAUCCGCCAGGAUGGAUGCGAUGGUUUGAGAAGUAUCCCACUGAGCGUCCUGAGGGGAGUACGAAAUCCAGAGACCUAAGCUUCCCCUAUGGUUUCCAUAACUGUGAAUUUCAUAUUUAAAAGAAGUAUUCAUGCUCCUUGUCUUUACUUCACGUGUAAGACGCUGUAAUUCUGGUCCUUAAACAGGAUGCUCGCAGAGUUCCCAAAUGCAUAGAUGUAUCAUUAAUUCGUUGGACUGUACGGUCGAUGGAUUAUGGAAUGGAAAUAUUAUAGCAGGUGUUGAAAGUAUCCAAAGUUUGUUUGUAACUGAGCCAAGCGAACAUUUUUAACCACUUUUCCCACUGUUUCCACAGGGUAUUCCUAUCGGCUAUCUUCAAGCACAGAUUGACUAAGCCGUUGGACGUUGUUUUGUUUGUCGUUUUCCGUCAAGAGCCAUUCACAGAAAUUCAAAUGUUUUGUUGCAGUCGAUGGCAUAUUGAGUUCAUGAAAAGCCUCUUUUUUUUUAAGUCUCAGCUUCCAUCACUGGCAAGGAGUUUUGUGCGCAGAACAUUUGCCGAUGCUACUUUGUUGAGAAAGGUGCCUAACAUUUCUUGGAACUCAUGAUCAUUGAAGCACAUAUAUCCAAAAGUUUAUAUUUGAGUUACAGUUGGUUGUCUGAUUGAGCUCGACAUAUCCAGUUUCCUU